ACAAAUAUGGGAGUGGCAAAUACUUUUUGCGUACGCAAAACAGCAAUCGCUAACUAUUAGCGACCGCCUAACCUACUUAUGGUGACUGAUGUUUUGCCGUCGCAAAAAAAAAAAAAAUGCUUACAAUGUAUUAGCAACCAUCUUGUUACUGUUGCAAAUAAAUUUCAAUAAUAUUUUAUAAAUAGUACAAUAAUAGCUUCUAGCAACGAAUAUUUUGAAACAAAUCUACCAUAUAAGAUCUGAAAAUAAUAGCACCAAACCAUUUAUUUGAAGACAAAUUUGGCAAAACUAUCUUUAAUUUUAGGCUUUAAAAAAUGCUAUUCAAGCUGCAAUUUUCGUUGGAGAAGCAAAAGCAAGUUCUAGAUGGGCAAUCAUUGGCUUUUGAGGGUCUUCAAUCACUAACUAAAUUUCAGUUGCAGGCUCUAGAAGAGAACAGGGGUACUCUGCAAGAAUUUGCUGAACUUAGGAAUAGACAAGAAGAGGAGCUUCUUAGAAGACAAGAACUGCUUCAACAAGCCCAUGAUCAUUUGGUUGAAAGUUCAAAAACAAUAUUGGCAGCUCUGGAAGCUUUUGAAUCAAAGCAAGCAAGCAAGCAUGUUUGUGGCCUUAGAUAAGCUCUUCGCCUUGCACAAUGCCAUGCUGCUUGAAUCCCGAUUUAUUAAAGCUCUAUCUCAAUCUUCAUCCUCUACAUGUUCACUAGUACAAAGCAAACCUAUGCUGCGA